AUGGUCUACACAAUCACAGUCCACCUCCAUGCCAAUGACGAUCCAGCAUCCGUCGAAAAGAUCAAGGCCAAGCUGAUCGAGGCCAGCCGUGUCUACUCCAAGGACAAGGAGACCAUCAGCUGGUUCGUCAUGCAGUCCACCUCGGACCCGCGUGACUUUACCAUUGUCGAGCGCUAUGAGAAUGAGGGCAGCCAAAAGUACCACCUCGAGAACCCUUACUGGCCUACCUUUGACAAGUACGUGAUCCCGCUGCUCGACAAGCCUAUGGAUCUCAGACGUUUCGAGGAGCUGGACACCAGCAAAGAUGUUGUGGUCCCUGCUUAG